AUGAACCUAUACACACCAUCCAAUGGACUGUUUGAAACCCAUGUCACAUGGAAAGAUGUUGAAGAAGAUAUGCAACGGGCAUUCGAAACUGAAGCAUUCUUUGGUCCCUGUAAAAGUGCAACGAACAUAGGAGAGGGCAACGGUUAUCUGUCAAGAAUUGUCCUUAUUGAACCAGACUGGCAACAAAAAGACAGGGAACUCCCUGAAAGAUUCGUCAUUGUAUGUCAACUUGCGAUGAAGAAAUUCACAGCAGAACUAACAGAAGGAACAAACGUUGAGGAUUGUUUCGGUUCAUCGAAGUUCGCGAUUACAUGGGAGAACGUUCAGAAGAGGCUUCACAAUGCAGAAGUAACCAUAUACGACUACUUGAAAAAACUUCCGAAGGGAGAAAUUCCGUGCGGAGAGUUUUACUUUGCCAGAAAAUUCUCGGAAAAUAAUCCUCUCAAAGGAUAUCUGGGCAUGGAGUACUUAGACAACACAAAACCAGUGCAUCUCUUCGAGAAUGUUCCUCUGAAGGCUAUAAAGCAGAUCCUCCGUGCAGUAGCUUCUCUGCAAGCUCUUUCACUUAAUUUUACACCGGAAGAGAAGAAUCGUUUCACAACAACUCCUUUCACAGAAAUGUUCGCGCAUUUCUAUACAGAUGAGGUAACAGAAAGCUUCAUGAAGAUGUUUCGAGAUUUCGAAGACGGAACAUUUGCGGAAAAAGUUGACAAACUACAAGAGAUCAUACCGGAUUUGAUGGAUCUAUCUGCAAUGGAUCAACUACCUGAUGAGAUGGGAAUGGAACGAGUGCUGUGUCAUGGAGACAUGUGGUCAAUGAAUAUUCUCUGGAGGGAAAGUGGAAAGGACCUGAACGUGGCUGCAGUGAUAGACUUUCAGGCUAGCCAUAUGGGUUGCGCAGCGACCGACCUCGCACGUUUGUUCGCUUCCUGUUUAAGUGGGAAAGACCGACGAGAACACUGGGAGGAACUUGCCGAGGAAUUUUAUGAAUUCUUAAAAGAGAGGAUUGGGGACAAAAAGAUGCCUUACACACUUGAACAGCUCAAAGAGUCUUAUCGACGAGCGUUCCCAUUAUUUGCGUUUAUGAUAGUGCCUUUUGUUGGAACUCUGUUCGAAUCGCAAUGUAGGGAUUCUGAAAAAGAGAAGUUUUUGGACAUCGCAAAAGAAAAGAUCGAAUGCCUCCUGGAUGACCUACUGGACCUCCACGAGCGAAACGUGAAGUUGAAAAAAACUAAGUCAACGUAA